GAAUGAUCAUAAUAUUUCAUUAUUGUUCUUUUUUGGUGCAUUACAACAAAGGGGUUUUUGCCAAAAAGAUUUUACUUAAAGACCCCUACAAAAGCACAUAUUUUCCUUUUGCCCCCCCUUUGCCAAUUUAUUUUUUAUUUUUUCUUUCAUCCCCUCAUAUAAUUCCCACUCAUUAUCUUUGUUGCUUAAAAGCUUCUCCUCCUCUCUCUUAUCCCACUUUCUCUCUCUAGCUUGUUUCUCUCUCUCUCUCCUCCAUUGAUGAAGCAAAAAAACACAUAGAAUGUUUGAAAGGUAUCACAGGGCACCAUUCCUAAUAGAGAGAAAUAUCAAAAGAGAGACACUAUAUUAUUAACUACCAUUUUAUUUUUUCUCUCUUUUAUUUAAAAUACACACACACACACACACACACAAAUACACACACUAGCUAGUUUCUACUUCUAUAUAUUCAUUAUUCUUUUUUUCCACAUAAAGAAAAACCAAAAUUAUUGGAAAGCAAGGUUUUUUAAUUAGGGUUAUAUAUAUAUAAGUAUAUACAUAUAUAUUAUAUAUGUAUUAAACAGAAGUUCCAAAUAUUAGUGUUACAUCUGGGAUAGAUCAGUGUAUGUAAUCAUGGAAGGAGGUGAUGAUCAUCUCCACCUCCACCACCACAACCACCACCACCACCACCACAACCAGCAGCAGCACCACCACCACAGCCGCCCUAAUUUUCCUUUCCAAUUACUUGAAAAGAAAGAAGACCACGAAUCCACCAGCUCCGCCGCCGCCGCCUAUCCUUCGCUUGCCAUCUCCGCCGACGUUGCUUCCAACCCUAGUACUAGCACCACACCUCGAUCAACCGCCACCGCCUCCUCCAGCCUUCAAAUCGCCGCCGUCGGCGGCGCCGCGGCAGCUUCAGACACAUCGAAGAAGCCGCCGCCGAAGCGGACGUCCACCAAAGACCGCCACACCAAAGUCGACGGCCGCGGGCGGCGCAUCCGCAUGCCUGCGCUCUGCGCGGCUAGGGUUUUCCAGCUCACGCGCGAGCUCGGCCACAAGUCGGACGGCGAGACCAUCGAGUGGCUGCUCCAGCAGGCGGAGCCGGCGGUCAUCGCCGCCACCGGCACGGGCACGAUUCCGGCGAACUUCACCUCUCUGAACAUCUCACUUCGUAGCUCCGGUUCGAGCAUGUCGGUGCCGUCGCAGCUAAGAUCCACGUAUUUCAAUCCGAAUUACUCGAUGCCGCAGCGGCGGGGAUUUUUUCCGGGCAUCGGACUUUCGUCGGAGAGCUCCUCCGCCACGCUGCUGAAUUUUCAGGCGGGGGCAAAUUUGAACCCUAGUUUCGCGCAUAAUACGAAGCAGGAAAUGCGGGAAAAUUCGUUGGACUUGACCGAUCAGAAUCAGGCGGCGGAGGAGAGUUUAGGGAGGAAGCGUAGGGCGGCGGCGGCGGAGCAGCAGGAGUUGCAGCCGCAGCACCACCACCACAUGGGCAGCUACCUGCUGCAGUCGAGCACCGGCGCUAUGCCGGCGAGCCACGCUUCGAUUCCGGCGAAUUUCUGGAUGGUGGCGAAUUCAAACAACAACCAAGUCAUGGGCGGCGAUCCAAUAUGGACAUUUCCGUCGGUGAAUAUCAACAACAGCAGCGCCGCCGCCGCCGCCGCUUUGUAUAGAGGAACCAUGUCUAGCGGUCUGCAUUUCAUGAAUUUUCCGGCGCCCGUCGCGCUGUUGCCCAGUGGCGGUGGAGGAGGAAGCGGCGGCGGCGGGGGCGGUAGCGGGAAUAUGGGAGAUGGGCAAUUGGGCAUGCUUGCUGGAUUAAACACGUAUAGGGGCGGCGGUGGAAGCGGAGUGUCAGAUUCUCAGGCGAGUGGGUCACACGGCGGCGGCGGCGGCGGAGAUGAUAGGCACGACGAUAACAGCCACCAUUCGUGAAUUGAAAUGCAGCCAUUGCCCAAUGGUGUUUGUGUAGUUUGAUGUGUAAAACACACACGUGAGGUUUGAUUAAUUUGUCCAAAAUUGAGGUUUUUUCUUUUUAUUUUUUGGGGCUUUGUUUUUUCUUCUUUUCUUGAUUUGGUACUAUUAUUUUUUUUGUGUGUGAUUAUAAUUAGAGUUUGGGGAAUUAAGACAAUAUUUUUAACAAUUUGGGAGUGUUAUUAAUUUGCUGGCUUUGUGAGAAGUCACAUUUGAUUUUUCUUCUCCUUUUUUUCUUUUUUAAUUUGUCACACCAAAAUCUUAUCAUCACUUUUGGUUGGUGCAUUCUUAAUGUAUUUAUCUUUCAUCAUUGAAAUUCCAUUUUUUGAUUUUCUUGA